AUGUUAGCCAAGCGAACAAGACUGCACUCAAUGGAGGAGCUUAAUUAUUCAUUGCGGUGUCACAGACCUGGUCGAUUGGCGGCUGCCAUGGCGAGUUCAGAAAUAAGAGAAAUGGCACAAUCAACUGAAGAACAACAGUACACAGAUGUUAACCAGGUUCAUCAGUGGAUAUUGGAUCUUAUUGAUCCCAUAAAAAGAGAAAACGCACUUCUUGAACUGAGAAAAAUUUUAAAUCUUGCCAUAAUCGCUUCAGAUAUUUGCAGUAAGAGACGCAAUGUUGUGCCGGAUUUGGCCGUUUGGCUUUGGUAUACAUCUGGUUCUAUGGCUGCACUUAUAUUAGAAUUAAUAACGAUAUAUCCAACGAUAACAACGCCAACUCUAACCGUACGGCAGUCAAAUCGUGCAUGCAAUGCUCUUGCGCUCAUGCAGUGUGUUGCAUCUCAUAGAGAAACUGCAAUUCAUUUUCUUGCCGCACAUAUUCCGCUAUUUUUAUUCCCGUUUUUGCACACAACAUCUGAAAGCAGGCCGUACGAAUUUUUGAGACUCACAUCACUCGGAGAAGUAAUUCAGUUUUUAUUGACAACGGAUAUUAUUUCUCUAUGUUUACAAAUUAUGAAUACUGGAACUGAACUCUCCAAAACGGUGGCAACAUUUAUACUUCAAAAAGUUCUUUUGAAUGAUGAUGGAUUGGCUUAUGUUUGUCGCAAAUAUGAAUGUUUCCUACAAGUUAUUAUGGUUUUGAAGAAAAUGGUAAUACAAUUAGCCCAGCAACAAUCACUUCGACUUCUUAAACACAUCAUUCGUUGUUAUAAUCGUCUUUCGGAAAACCCACGGUUAAUUCUUAAUCCAUUUCCAAAUUCUUCAAACUUCGAAAUUUUCGAUCAAAUAAUUAUUUCUUUAUUUAGUGCUACACAAAUCCUGCGGCAGUACAUCCCCGACCAGCUGAGAGAUGGCACUUUUAACCAAAUACUUCAAGAGGAUAAACUUACGCGACACUGGCUUACCCAGCUGCUGAAAAAUAUUGGUAAAUUCCACUGGAAUAUUUUGAUCAUUCAAACCUUUUAA